GAGCUAAAACAUGUCGCCAUGCUCGUCGACACGGACACAUCGGGCCGUCACCUCACUGCCGGCAAGGCCGGUGCAAUUCCCUUCUCUCGUACCGACAGUCUAUCGUCGGCGGCUCCCUCAACGGCCUCCAUGUCGACCCGCACAAUGACGUCCUCCGACCCCACGACAAACUCCUUCGAUGCCUCCCGCCCGUACUGCUUGCGCAAUGGCCGCACAUAUCUGUCUGACCCGUCACUGGCAUACCCAUUGCCGGUUGACCUGAGCGAGAUCCAUCGCCAGUCACUGCGCACACUGUUGCUCAUUCAGUUAUUUGGAUCGCCCAUUUGCUCCACAGCCUUUGCCAGCAAGCCGCCUGGCCGCGUUCUCGAGGUUGCGUGCGGCUCCGGAUUCUGGAGUCAAUCUUGUCACCGGUAUUUCGCACAACGAGGCCACCCCGAUAUUCACUUCACUGGCAUGGAUAUUGGGCCAAUGGGCCAGAAUGCGGGAGACGUAUCGCGCGAUAUGAAAUGGCGAUUCAUGCAGCACGACCUUCGCAACUUCCCCUGGCCGUUUGCCGAUGGCGAGUUUGACUUGGUCAUGGUCAAGGAUUUGAGUCUGGUAGUGACGUCGCCGCACGCACUACAAAACGCAAUUGAAGAAUACCAUCGUAUCUUGCGCCCGGGUGGCACUUUGGAAUUCUGGGACAGCGACCACCAGAUCCGUAUGUUGCGGCCCCACGCAGCGCCACAGUCCGGCAAUACCGAAGACACUGCCACCGUCGCCUCGCUUGGCGCGUAUCCCAUCUCGGCCAAGACCCCUCUGAGCGCGCCGCUGAAUAACUUUCUCGUCGAGUACAACAGCUGGGUCCAUCGCGCACUAGAGUCCCGCAACCUGAGUCCCGUGCCAUGCACUCUCAUUGGCCCUAUGCUUAUCCAGGAAUCCGAGGAGCUGACCGACAUACAAAGCAAGCGCCUAGCGAUCCCACUUUCUGAAGUUCGCUGGGAGCGUGAGGGCGUCGGCGGUGUCGUGACCAAGGACGGCAAGUCGUUCAUCAACUCGGGCAAGGGCAAAGGUAAAGACAAACCGGACGAGCAGAAGAAGACGUUGACCGAGGCCCAGGCGGCGCUUCGCCGCACGGCCUUGAUGACCGUCGUACAGCAGAUCCAGAGCCUGGAGCCGAUCUUGCGCGAGGUUAGCGGCAAGAGCCAGGACGAAUGGGACGGCUGGCUAGGCAAGAUGAUGAACGAUCUCAUGAGGGAGAAUGGCACGAGCUGGGGCGAGUGUUUGGAAGUCGGUGCCUGGUGGGCACGCAAGAGGGAGCGAUGA